CUUUCCAAAAGAUGGCCGCUUCCUGUGUUUCAAUGUAAAUAAAUUGAUUUUAUUUUGGGUUGAUCAUCAACUUGUUGGAGGAAAAGGCGUCGCCUUAAAAGUAACAUCACCUUACCUCCUAAUGAUGGUCUAACAUCGAUGUCUAAAACUAUGUCCUCUAGAGUGAAGUCACCUAUCACUCAAUUCAGAAACUGCCGCAUUCUUUAUCAGCAUGCCAUCAUCAGGGAAGACCUCUGGGUCCGAGAUGGAAAGAUCCUCAACCCAGAGUGGCUCUUUUUCAUUGAGAAAGGACAUGCAGACUUUCAAGUGGAUUGUAAAGACUGCAUCAUAUCCCCAGGUUUUAUUGAUACUCAGAUCAAUGGAGCCUUUGGUGUUGAUUUUUCCUCAAAUCCAGAAUCUCUUGCCAAAGGCCUCGCUACAGUAUCUAAAAAACUACUUGCACAUGGAGUGACAUCAUAUUGCCCUACUGUAAUCACAUCCUCUCCAUCGAUGUACAAAAAGAUCCUCCCCCAGAUAAAGAGGACAUGUGGAAGUCGAACAGGAGCAGGUAUCCUAGGAAUUCAUUUAGAAGGACCCUUUAUCAGCAAAGAAAAGAAUGGCGCCCAUCCUGUUGAGCUGAUUAAAGACUGUACCAAUCUGAACAGCUUUGAGCAGAUUGAAGAUGUCUAUCACUCACUGGACAAUGUUUCUAUUGUGACACUGGCACCAGAGUCUUGCCAAAUAUCCAAAGUCAUAUCCAAGCUUUCAAAUAAAGGAGUUGUCGUCUCACUCGGACAUACUGUUGCUAAUCUAACAAUGGCAGAAGAUGCUGUGAGGCAUGGAGCUACAUAUAUCACUCAUCUCUUUAACGCAAUGCUGCCAUUUCACCAUCGAGACCCAGGACUAGUGGGACUACUGACGAGUGAUGAGAUUCCAACAGACACCACAGUGUUCUAUGGUAUGAUAGCCGAUGGCAUACACACUAAUCCAGCUGCACUGAGAAUAGCCUACAGGGCCCAUCCAAAUGGUAUUGUUCUGGUGACAGAUGCUAUAGCAGCAAUGGGCUUCCCUAGAGGUACACAUUACCUUGGCAGCGUGUCAGUAGAUGUUACUGAUAAUGGGGCAUAUGUGACAGGUACACAGGUACUGAGUGGGAGCAUUGCCACAAUGGACUCCUGUAUACGACAUUUCAAGCAUGCAACUGGUUGUACCACAGUAGAGGCCCUUGAAGCAGCAACCCUACACCCUGCCCAACUACUGACUAUCCAACAUCUAAAAGGUACCCUUGACUAUGGGACAGAGGCAGACUUCGUUCUUCUAGAUGAUGAUCUAAAUGUCAAACAAACUUUUAUAGCUGGCGAGAAAGUAUGGGAUAAUGAGAGAGAAAAUAAUAAGGGCAAUUGAAUGUUUCGUUAAAAUGCUUUAAAAAAUGCAGUUGAAAAUAUAAUUCAACUCCUUUAUUACCCUUUUACUGGUCAAAUACCAAUACCUCUUUAUUUGCCCUUUAAAUUGUUAUGCAACACAAAUUCUUGCUUAUAUUUUUGAUAACUGAUGUAGUAUUUAUAAAUUUGAAUGAUUUCGUCCACGGAACAACUGUUGAAUACAAUUACUUUGAAAAUGGAAGAAAAUAAAAGGUUCUGAAAUCCCUUUGUAACUAUUUGUUAUUUUUUUGAAUGGAAAUUGAAUUGAAAGAGUCUACAAACUGAUAAAUGUAUCUUUUUAAAUGUAACUUAUGGAGACAGGUUUUUUUCUGCGAUGGGGUUGUUAUUGAGUUCUCAGUUUAACAAAAAAACAUCUUUUCAGUAUUAAAAAGAGAAAACACAUUGAUUUCUCUAAAUAUUGAUUUGUACUUUUGAGGUUUACAUAAAUGUCAAAUCAACCCAACCACAAAUAAUGUUCAGAAUUAUGUCCUUGUUAAAGGACAGAAAUAGUACAGUCCCACAGGGCAGUAUGCAUAAUUAUAUGCCAAAAUGACGUUAUCUCCCGGUUAGGUACAAUGCAUCACUAUAGGCCAUUUAUCUUGAGGUGAAUAUUGGAAGAUGCACUGUAGCUUCACUGAUUUCAUACUUCAAAACAAAUUGCAAUACAGAAUAAUCUAUUAAAAGUGUAAAGUUAAUUGAAGUCGAUCUACACAUGUAUGUCCACGCUAGAGUAAUAAAAAAGGCAUUAAGUCCAAGAACUAUUAUUUUCAGAUGUUGUUUAUUCAAGUUAUAGUAUUACAUGUACCUCUGUUUUAUCUCUGUUUAGACUGUGCAAGUCACACUUGUAUUCAAUAUUGGGCCCAUUUAAAGAAUGAUCUUGUUUUGUUUAUACAUGUAUGACAAAAACAAAAAAA